CUGCAGGAAAGGCGAGCAUGUCCGUCGGGACAAAUAAUUUCUAUCGCCGUGCUCUACCAUCUACGUGAUGCAAAUAUAUACUUCAAGCUUGCUUCCCAAUUUCGAACGCAAGACGAGCCAGCUUAUUGUGGCCUUAGUACGCUAGUAAUGGUAUUAAACGCCUUAGAAGUCGAUCCGGGACGAGUAUGGAAAGCGCCGUGGCGAUUCUAUCAUGAGUCUAUGCUGGAUUGUUGUGUUCCUUUGGAAAAUGUUAAAAAGUUAUUCGCUUGCCUCGCUACCUGCAAUAGACUGCUGUGCGAAGUGAGGUUUGGAGAAGAAGGAGAAGAUUUCUUAUCCGCUCUACGACGCGACAUUCGUGUAGCUGUUAGUGGUGAUAAAGAAGUUAUUGUUGCCAGCUACGAUCGAUCUCAGUUACAGCAAACGGGAACUGGCCACUUUUCACCUCUGGCUGCAUUCCAUGCUGCUAGCGAUCGUGUGUUGAUCAUGGAUGUAGCACGUUUUAAGUAUCCACCGCACUGGGUACAACUUGAUCACCUUCAAAAAGCAAUGUGCUCUAUAGAUGUAUCUACAAAGAGAACAAGAGGUACGUGCAUUUGGAGGGUCUCCAUCGUUAUGCAGCUCCUUGAGUACAGCGGCAGAAGGAAUGCUUGCUUAAGACCUCUACAUUUUUAG